AUCAUGAAAAAAUGGAUAGUCCUUCUUGGUGGGGCUCUAUUCUGUGUCCUAUUUCUCUCCAUGUACUUGGUAGUAGAUCAGUUAGGACGGCUUCCCACCUCUCAAGAAAUCUUCCAAGCUGAGGUAGGUUGCAAAGGUCUCCAAAAAUAAUUCUCCAUGCAACUUUUACACGUCGUGGCUUUCAAUUCAUCCCCUAAAGCUGUUUAUGAGACCUCUUAGCUUAAAGGUAUUUAUUUAAACGUCCAUCGAAUAAUUAUAAGAUGUUAAUUUACCAAAAGACGGAAAGGGAUGAAUUGGUGUAAAACGGUUGUAAAAAGCUCUUUGCAUCUUCGUUUGCAUACAAUGACAAUAUGAAUAUCGGUUGAAUGAAAUCAUGUGAGAUUUCUGAAGCUUGUUGCCGGUUUUGCUACUUGUAAUGAAAUCCUGUUGGCUGCAUGGAAAGUGUUUUCUGUCGAUCCUUUACUUUAUGCGCAUUUUUUAUAAAUAUUGAAUAGAAACGUUAUCCUUAGCCGGUGUGCAUGCAAAGUAAAAAGUGCACACAGAUUCCCGCGAAUGUUUUUACAUCGAAUCGCAGAAGAAAGUCGAUCCAUAAAUCUUUAAAGCUUAUAGUUUAAUAAAAAUAUAAGCCUAAAUAUUCUUCUUGCACAUUUAUGACUUUUCUUUAUUCAGUUUUUGAAUUUGCUGAAGCCUGAGAAAUAUGAGAAUACCAAAAAAGUAUUGUUUAUUUUUGUGUGCGGUUGCAGUGUGUGUUAGAUUAUAGAUGUUUGCUGAAACGUUAGAUUGAAAGUUAACGGUAAGCUUAUAUUUGAAAAAAAAAAAAAAUGACCAGCUGGCUUAAGUUGAUAGUUUUAAUUUCUUGGAAGUUACUUACUUGCAAUUUUCUAAAGAAUGUAAAUUUGAAAGGUGGAGUAAUUUUUGUGGCGGAGCAAAAGUAGAGGCAAUGAUAUUUUAUUUAUGUAUAUUCAUUGAUUAACUCAGAUAAAAGUAUGGUAAUUUAUUAAAGUUAAACCACCUGUUAGGAUACAGCUGAGGAAAUAAAAAAAUGUGGGCGGAGAAUCGAAACUUAUUUUUCCAAGCUGCAGAGCAGUGUUUCUAGAAUGCAAAAUCAUUAUUUACUAAUUUUCGAAAGAGAAAAUAAGCAAGGCUCACAUAACUAAAAUACUGUCAACUGCCGCUUAUAAGCCCUAGGCUUAUACAUCUUUGAAUGAUAAUAAUAAUAAUAAUAAUAAUAAUAAUAAUAAUAAUAAUAAGAAGAAGAACAUUUUUAAUAGUGCCUAUGCAGUAAUGAUCUAGGCGCUUAAUGAAGUGAAAAAAUUAGAAUUAUCGGUAAAAUAAAUAUUGAUUAAAAUGAAUUUAAAUUUAAAUAAAACACAUAUAAAAUCAAAUAAUGUUUCCUAAUGACUAAAACAAUAGUUCCUAAAAAGGUAGGUUUUAAGUUUAUGCUUAAAAAGACUUAGAUUCUCGCAUGAGCGUAUGUCGUCAGAUAGUUUGUUCUAAAGCUCGGGGGCUGAGACAGCGAAUGCUCUAGAUGCAUAGGUCUUAAUUUUAAAGCUAACAGGAUUCAGACUGAGCAUAGAAGAUGAAGGGGGUGUUUGAAGAGCCUUAUAACUGGAAUAGAAAAACAUGCCUCAAAACAAGCUACAUAUGUUUAGUAGUGCAGAUCAAAAUACGUUUUGCAUUUACUGGUUUUUAAUAAAGGUUCAAAUACAUGUAAUAAAUCAAAUUCAUAGGGGGGCAAGAUGAGCUCAGUUGGUAGAGUGCUUGACUAGCUGCAGAGCGGGAGGUCGUGGGUUCGAUUCCUGGGGCUGGACCAAUAGUCAGAGUCUUAAAAUAACUGAGAAAUGAAGAUACUGCCUUUGCUCCGCAAAUGGCGAGACCUUUGCAUGGCUUGGAUGACCACUUAUAUUGGAGGUCCUGUCUCCAGCAGGAGAUGUAAAAGUAGAGUCGCCUAUUUGUAAUUUCGUGCUAAAUACAUUGACACUCAACCUCAACCUCAACCUCAACCUCUUUAAUACAGACACUAAAGGGACAGAACCAAGUGUCCACUUUACAGAGGUGUCCUUAUUAUAGAGGUAGGGAAUGUAUGAUUUUUGGCAUCUCUGGGACCAAACAAACUCUCCUUUGAGAGGUGUCCAUAUUAUAAAGGUGUCUGUAAGGAGAGUUACCGGUAGACUGUAAAGUGCUUUUUUUGUAAUUGGGGCUAGAAAGGGGACGGAUGUAUUUUUUCAUGUACAGGUAGAGGGCCUAUAACUGGGGGCUGGGCUUAUAAGUGGCAGUUUACAGUAGCCAGACAAAAUCUCUGGCCCAAGACCCAUAAAGACAGUCCUCCAAAUUUUAACCUUGUAGAGGGAAAGGUGUCAGGCAGAAAUAUUAUGUAUUGGAAUAUAGAAGUUUGUUCAAAAUGUUCGUUCAGGUCUAAGUGGUUUGAGACUUUACACCGGAGACAGUGACGUGUAUGCUUCACCACUGACAACUACCCUGGACCAGUUUCUCUUGAUGAGUAUUACUGAUUGCGUUUUGUUUAAGAUUUCACACACGCAAAAAUAUCCUUCAUUGGUUGAGCAUUGACUCACAAGGACCGGGCUCACAAAUCUCAAUAGAAAAUUGGAAAUAAUCGCAAAGAGGAAAAAAUAGCUGUUUCGUUGAUCCUUUGCUCAAGCCAUGUUUUGAUCAGAAACGCAUUAAACUUUGCUGAACUGCCUGGGGAAAAAGUAAAAUGAUGAGAGAAAAAUUUAAGAAAUUAAGAAAAAUAAAACAAUGACUUCAGUCCUACAUUGAAAAAAUAAACACGAUGAUGAAACAUCCGAAAAUCGCACUUGAUUCUAGUAUGUAUGUUAAUGACAAAAAUAAGGGGAGUGGUCACAACAUUUGAGACUAUUUGUACCCCAUGUGAAAAAGCUACGUUAAAUGCAGCACACUACUUAUGAGUAUUAUGUUGUGGUUCAAUUUUGUCCUUGGUUUAAUUUUUAUUUUCUUAACGUUUUUAUGUAUGGUAAUGUGUGGUAGUCAGUUUGAAACAAAAGAAAAUUAAUAAAAAUUAAACCAAGGAUAAAAUUGAACCACAGCGUAUACAGUACAGAUGUUAUAAAGUGAUAACCGCAUUUUUCUGUUAUGGCCCUAUAUUUCUGUUCUCAGGAAUUAGGUAAGAAAGAAUCCUCGGGCACUCACGGUAACAUUUUUCAUGAAAUAUUUGAAGGAACUCAGUCAAGAGUUUCUAUUAACAGGUCUGUUUGUAUAACCUCCCGUAAGUGACGAUCCGAAAUGCGAUGACUCAGUGGUCGCUUACUGGAAGUUGUCUUACAUACACUAUGAUUGAAUUGACGUGCAGGAAUCAAAUUUCAUCGCAGUUGCUGAGUAUAGUUCAAAAUAUAUGAUUGUCUCUAGAAAAAAGUCCAGCCGUGACUAGUCUGAACUGUUUUAGGAUUGAUUACCAACUGCUGUUCAGGAAAGGAGCCCAUUUUUGGCAAGGAACAACGCUGGACACUAGAGAGCGGUUGAAAUUGAGAUUGGAACUAAUGCCCUUCUAUAUGGGGCUUUUAACAAACUACAUGGCCCAGGGAGUGGGGAAAUUAGCGGUGUUUUUACACCAGGCCAAUGUUAAAUUCCCGGCUAAGUCCCGGAGGUCGGGGGGCCGGAGUUUCAAGUGACUGAUGCAUAAAAGUGUUGAAAAAAGCCUAUCAGCAUUCCCAAAACUCACACACCUAAUUUGUUUCAUUAACUUAGUAUAUUUUUACUUUUUUAUUGUCCUUUAGAGAAAACAAAAUGUUGAGGAUCCUCUGAAAGUUCUUGAAAGGGAUAUGAGUAAACUAGAAGGGAACUUGAAAAGAACUGGCAAAAUUAUGAACAGUAUGCAGCGAACUGUAGACAAAAUAAAAUUCCAUGGUGGCAAACCAGCGGACAAUAAACAGCGUGAAGACUUCUUAGGGAGGACAAGACCAGGCAAACAAGGUGAAUCUCUUGCAAGAAGGCCUGAAGUACAAGGUGGAGAUGUUGACAAUGGCUGUGUGUUCUCAGCGACAGCAUCAGGAAAAUCAGCAAAUGUGAAGGUAAACUUUUCUUAGAGGGCGGGUGCACCAUUUUGAUCCUUUUUUUCAGAUUAUGUACAUUUUUUCUUCAUCAGGGCUUAAAAAAAGUCUCAUCCAGUUGUGUGGGACUAGUAGCUUAUUUUGUUGGGCAAGUAACUUUUAAAACUUGUUUGCCCAAUGGGCAUAAAAAUAAUAUGCUAAUAUGCUAUUUACAUGGGGUAUGUUUUUAGCUUAUGGCCUCUGGUUUCUAAAUUACCUCACCUCACCCACGCACAAGAUUUUUCAGGGUUACAGGGUGUUACGGAAAAUUGUAUUGUGUGACUAGCGUGACUUUCUAGAAGCUUCGCGAGAGUUCAUAGUUUGUUUAUUUUAGGAUCUUGUGUAAGCGUUUCUAAAGUGGUAUAUUUUAUAAUAUUUUUAAAAUUAGACUAUUUAGUUUUUUUUUAAUUGUUAUCAUAUCAGUGUUGUCAUCCAUUUAUUAUAGAUGUUGGAUAUGUUUGAUGUAAUGCCAUUUGAUAAUAUUGAUGGCGGUGCAUGGAAACAAGGCUGGGAUGUGAAGUAUGAUGACAGUGAAUUUGAUAAAGAGCAGCUUAACGUAUUUGUGGUCCCUCACUCUCACAAUGAUCCAGGUAAAUGCAGUUUUGUCUUGAUUCAAAACCAGUGAUCAACAUUGGUAUGACCUUUGAUAUGAGUUUUAUCCGCUGGACUUAGCAAAGACAAAAUUUGCUAUUUAAUAACUCCAAACUGAAAACUUAAGAGUAUCAAAGUUCAAAUUCAAGAAUAAUACCAAAUUUCUUUCUACUGAAUCGUGAAAAACAAAUGGUGAUAUGCCAAAGUACUACUGAAGAAGUUUCAUUUAAAUGGUGACACCACUUAAAUGAAUUGGAUUUUCUCUUCAGACUCAAAAUAAGAACCAUGUACCAAAUAAAUUAUUACAUUGUAUAGUACCACUAAUUGAAAGUACUACUGGAGACAGGUUUCCUUUGAAUGAUUACGCCAUAGGAUUCCAGCCACAUGAAUCAAAAGUCAGUCUACAGAUCAGCCUUUCGAAAAUGCAAUGCUUGCUGCUACAUGUACGUAUUAAUAAAGCAUUGCUAGAAAAUGACUAUUCUGUGGGGUGUUAUAGUUGGCAAUGAUAUUGUCUCAGCCAUUGUUUCUCACAACAGUGAUACAAGUCACAAGAACAAAUUAUGCAAACUUUAAAGGAGCUGUGUCACGAAAUUCAGCUAAAAUGUUAGGAAAUUACAAAAUGCCCGUUAAAUUAAGAGAAACAUAAAGAUAACCGCUUAAAACUUUAAAGGAAGGUUAAAAUAACAUAACAGAAACAACAGAUGCGACGGAUGGGCAAAACUGAAGAAGACUGAAACGGAUCGAAAUUAGGGUUUUUGAAAACUGUUCAGCCUAACAGUUUUUCAAAGUUGAUCCCCGCUGCUUGCAACUUCAAAAAUAAUGCUCAGGAGACAUAUUUGUUUGUCUCGGAUCUCUGAUUUUGUCACUUACAUGUAAUGUCUUUGCUUAGUUUAAGUUCCAUAGUGAUUGAGGGCAAGUAAUUGGAAAAAAUAACCAAAAUGAACUGGACUGCCGUGACACAGCCCCUUUAACAGGCCUUUAGUGAUCUCAAGAGCCGUGGCAUUGGGGUUUUUGCCCCCAUGGUAGUUUUAACCAUGCUGGCUUGGGCAAGGAUGAGAGGACAUGUUAAGAGCAGCCUCUCCAGGUCGGGGGUUUGAUAUGAGCCCAAUUACCCUUCUCUGUAAUAAAAUAAUUUGAUUGUGGAAAUAGACUAAAAAUGUUGAAAUUUAUGAAUAAUUAUUUUUUUUGUCUUUUUUUCUUGUGCUAGGGUGGAUCAAGACACUAGACCAGUAUUACAAUCAGCAGACAAGACACAUUCUAGACAAUGUAGUUGAUGCCUUAGCAGUAGAUAAAAGAAGAAAGUUCAUUUGGGCAGAAAUAUCUUAUUUCUCAAUGUGGUGGGGAGAAGUUGAUGACAAAAGAAAAAAGCUUGCUCUAGAGUAAGAACUUUUUCAUUAUUGGCAUUUCAGUUGAACCUCCAUAAAGCAGCCACCCGCGAGGCACUGGCAAGGGGCCGCUUAACCCUUUAAGCCCCAGUGUCCACAUACAAAUUCUCCAAACUGAUCCCUAUACAUUUCCGUAAAGAAUGAGUUGAGAGAAUUUGAUAAUAGAUCAAGGACGAAGGCAUUUUCUCUUGUGUGAUCAUUUUAUAAAUUCUCAUAACUUAUCUCUUGACAGUGUAUGGAUAUUGUUUGGAGAAAUUUGAUCUUGGUCAGUAUUGGGACUUAAAGGUUAAAGGAGGUUGGCCGCUCAAUAGAGUUCUGUCGUAAAUUAGCAUAAUCUUUAGCAGAAACAUAGAAGCAAAUGCGGGGGAGCAUUACUGAUCCACAAUCGGUUGUCAUCUUCUAUCUCAGACUGUAUUUUCCUCCAUCUUAUUCUUGACAUGAAGCCAAGCUAAGGGUAUCAAGCUCUUGAUGGCCACUUGACAGAGGUGACAGAACUCUUGUUCAAGGGGCAGCCAAAAUGUGGCCACUUAAUAGAGUUGUUAUCUGCCAUUCUUUUUUACAAUCAUUUUGGGACUUUGAUUACUAGCUGCUCAAUAGUUGGGUAGCUGCUUAAUGGAGGUUCAACUGUAUUUAGUGAUGGAAAUUGAAGGCCAUCCCUUUUUCUUUAUACAUGUAAAACCCUGUGUAUUAGUAUGGGCUUGGUGAUCAAACCUCCGACCUCCUGCUUUGCAUUCAAAUGCUUUACUGACCCAGGUAGUCCUGCAGUUGUUGAUUGACACCCACUUAAUGUGGACACCUCGUUAUUUCAGACAGUCUUCCUUGUCCCUAGCCCUUACAUUGUCUCUAAAUUCAACCUGCUUAAUACGGACAAAUACAGACACUUUCUAAAGUCCCCUCAUCGUCCAUGUUAACUGGGUUUGACUGUACAACCAACGUUUUCUGGGAUAGAUGUUUUUGAGACCAAUGUCAAAUGACCAUUUUAGAUGUUUAGUCCGAGAGGUGUCUGCAUUGAGUUCUAUUUUCCGGAGGUGUCAGUCUUAAGGAGGUUUCUGUAAGUGGCGGAAGACUACAUGUAUAUGGUGGCAAGAUAAAAAUAUACCUACAGCUGCCAGGUCCGAUAAGGGGGUUACAUGUUAUUGUAGGUGUGAUCCAUGCAGUAUUGUUAAAGGCAUUGUCAUCAUUUUAUUAAUCUAACAAAAUUGUCUUUGGCAAAAAAAGUUUGAACUCCCACAUUCGAACUUAGGGUGCUUUUCAAAAGUCAGAACUGGCUGGCCGGACCAUGGCCUGACAAGUCAUGUUCACAAUAAAACAUGGUUUUUGAAAGCGUUGUUGUUGAAAAACCCUCUCCUUCGUGCAUACUAUUUAAAUUUUGACUAAUCUGACUGAAUAGUUAUGUUUAGAAUACAAGGGUUUCAAUAACCACCGACGACCAACGAAACGCGUCAGCUACAUUUCUCAGAGAAGUCGGCUACUUUUUCCUCCGAAGAAGAAGCAACUAGUUUGAAUAAUGCCAUAUACAAAAUUAAUGGCCAGACCUUUGCAGCAUAUUUGCCUAGGUGACAAAGUGGAGAGAAUGUACAUGUUGAUUUACUUUGUGUAAUAUUCAUAACUCUUCACUCCUGACAAAGGGCCAAUCCUCAAACUGGCUUAUUUGAUUAAAAGUUCACUUCUUGAUAACACACCAAAUUAACAUUAUAUUCCUUAGGCAGCUAAGCAGUGGUCAACUAGAGAUUGUAACUGGUGGGUGGGUCAUGAAUGAUGAGGCCAAUACUCAUUACUAUGCUAUGCUGGAUCAGUUGAUUGAAGGGCAUCAGUGGAUUGCAAAGAAUCUGGGUUCAGGUCAGUUUUAAAUUGUCAUAAAACCUUAUUCUUUAUGUCCAUAAAGGUAUCAGAAAGGUUUGCAUUAAACAGGUCCUUGUUGACUCGAUCCGAUGACAACUUCUCCCCUAGUGUUACAAACAAAGGUGAGGCUAUGUGGAGAGAGAAUCUACAUGUCUGAAUUUAUCAGAAGUCAAUUCGGCUAUUUUUUCUGGCACCCUUUCAGUUUAAGGGGGUUACUAUACAAUUGAGGACCAACCUGAUGCCCCUAACUUGCUCCACACAGUUUGUGAUUUGAAUAGUCAUUAAAACCAGCCACAGGCAAAAGUUAAAAAAAAAAGAUGUGGCUCCCAUAAAAUUACAUAAUUAUACAUGAAUAUUGUGCUCAUCCUUUUAACAAUAUUCUGUAGGUGAUAAACUUGCUUUUUGUUGUAAUAAUUUAUUUUGAUUUAAUUUUUGAGUAGUAUUUUUUGUAGAUUGUUACUAUUACAUAAAAUAACAGUAUUAUCAAAAGGUACAUUCACGGCAAGUAGCCCAAAAGUGUGACCUACUUUACGGUGUAAUUAACUCACAUUCUUUCUUGCUGACAUUAACCAAUCAGAAGUCAAGAACAGUUUCCAGCGGUCUUCUGAUUGGAUUAAAUCUGUACCAAAGAAUGUGAAUAAAUCAAGAGCGGUCACACUUUUGGGCUCCUUGCUGUAAUAUGGGUGGAGUGGUAUGUUUAGAGCAGUAUUUUGGGAUUAUGCUAAACAAAUUAUGGUAUGCUGAAAUCAACAGUCUUCCAGUCCUCACUUGUACCUUUUUACAUCUCCACUCACAAAAGUUCAUUUGUUUUGGACCAGGUUUACAUGUAAAUGGCACAAGAAGCUGCCUACAGUGCCCUCUUAAUCACUCACAGAAUUGUUCUUAGCUUGUAACAGUAAAGGAAUUAUUCUUUGAGAGAAAGUACAGUAAAGGAACAAUAGGGGCUUGUAACUACUUUGUGGUCAUUAUUUUUCCAUAUUUUACCAGGAAUAAAGCCCAUGUCAGGCUGGGCAAUUGAUCCAUUUGGGCAUACGCCCACAAUGGCAUACCUUCUGCGACGCAUGGGGUUUCACUCCAUGUUAAUUCAACGAACUCAUUAUCAAGUAAAGAAACACCUUGCUAAAGAUAAGAAUCUGGAGUUCAUGUGGAGACAAAACUGGGGUAUGUCUUUUGCUCAGAAAGGCUAAGUGUGCAAAUAUGUAAUUUUCUUUCUCUAUGGAUAUGGCUUAAUUGUGUUGCUAUAUUGUAUUUUCACACUCCCAUAAUUACAAUCCUAGGCAUCUUUUUUUAUUUGUUUUCAUUAUUGUUUUAUCACAGGUGGUUAACGUGUUUAUUCGAGCAUUGUAGUGCAUAGCUGAAGGAAAUGUUUCCUUGUCUCAGUUCAUCCUGGCAUGAGACUACCAGCUACUCAGGCGCAGAUCUAAGAUAAAUACUGACUGAUUUCCUAAAAGAAUGCCGAAGGGGCAUGCUCCCCUAGGAAAUUUUUUGGAUUUUAUCUCUAAAGUCCCCUUUCCAGGGCUUCUGAGUCAUUCAGACAGGAUAUUGGCCAGUUCCAUUCUCCUCGGAUGAAGCCUUGCAACUUGGAAAGAUUUUUCUUUGUUAAAAAUGCAUUUUAUUAUAUUUUUAAAAUCUGACUGAUUUCUGUAAAGCGGUGGAAACCAGUGUGGAUCCGUGCCUGAGAGUUCUAUGCAGGGUUCAAAAGAAAGCUUGUCAUGAAUUCCAGCAUGUCCUUUGGACAAGCAGCUCUCCCAUUUUUCUUGCCUGGGGCAACUACUUGCUUGUCUUAGUUAAUGAUUAAUUUUUGUUGGAGAACUACUUGUCCGGGGUUUUUUUUCAAGAUCUGUUAUGUGUAUUAAUUAAAAAUUAACACCUUGAAUUUCAGAUCAUGGAUCAUCAACAGAUAUGUUUUGUCACAUGAUGCCAUUUUACAGCUAUGACAUUCCCCACACUUGUGGUCCUGAACCCAAGGUAUGGUAGAAUGAAAUAUUGAUGUAUGUUUGGAAGGUGACAUCUUGCCCUUUGUUUUGAACUUAACCCUUUCCCUUCUCUGCUGCCCUGUAUCUGAAAGCCCAUAUUUAAAGCAAUUAAAGUAGCUUCAAAAUUUAUGAGAAAUCCUGUGUUAUUUUGGUAACAUACUCCACCACUUGAGGCUUAACUCACCAGAGGCUUAAUGCAUUUGACAGCUUUUUGGUCAUAGCUGACAACACCAGUUUAGAAUGAGUGGGCACUAUAAAAUACCUUGGUGUUAUUUCUAAUAAAUGUGUCUUGGAUAAAGCAUGUCUGCUCUAUGGAGAAAAAUAUCUUCUCUCAAUUAUCAUUUAUGCUUCACACUUGAAAGAUCCUAUCAAAAUCAAUGAUUGAAUGAAUGAAUUCAAUAAAAUAGACGGGCAUUAUUUGCUUGCCAGUAAUCCAGGCCAAUAAGAGUCAUGAUUUCUUGUGAUUUUAUUAAUAAUUGUAUGGAGUCUUUCACCAAUUUUAUUAUUAGAUGGUUUGUAUGAAAUUAAGUUCUGUAGUGUCUCAGUCUCUCUAACAGAAUCAAUAAUCAGUGCCUCUUUGCUCUUUCUUUAGAUUUGCUGCCAGUUUGAUUUCCGCCGAUUGCCUGGUGGUGGUGUUACUUGUCCUUGGAGAAUUUCUCCUGUAAGAAUUGAUGACAACAAUGUUGCCCAAAGGUAUUUUACAGGUGUAAUUGCUUAGCAUCAGUUAAUCCCAACAUUAGGCAAGCAUAAUGCUUUCUCUCCUUCCACUUCUGUCACUUUUUUUCCUCCUUUUUGGAGGGGGCAUUUACAAGACUUUGUGAGAAAUGUCUUGGGGAAAACUGUUAGGAUCAUAGGAUUAUUUUUAGGAUGUGUAGUCGAAUAGUAUGGAUGAUGUCGUAUUUUUUUUUCCGUAUGAAAAGGUAGCCAAAAUAGGUUUUUUGAGAGAAAAACUUAAUACACUCCCCCAGUCCCUUUGGUCAAGAUUACCAUCCCAGAGCUCUUAAUUUGUGUCAGAAGCCUCCAUUGCAUGAUCUGACAAUAUUAUAUUUAUCUUCUUGGAAUGCUGUAUCCCCAAGGACUUCUUUCGCAUAGAGGCACUUAGAAAAGGUUGACACAUUGCCUGGAAUAUUGUGAAACAAGCUAUGCCUUUAAACUUUCUGAUGACUUCAUUCUGUUUUCUUACAGGUCACGAAUGCUACUAGAUCAGUACAAAAAGAAGGCACAACUCUACAGGACAAAUGUCUUGUUUGUGCCAUUGGGAGAUGACUUUCGAUAUGAGACAACAUUUGAAAUUAAUGCUCAGUAUGGUAAUUAUCAGGUAAGAGAGCAUAAUUUUUCAAGUUUGACUGAGUUCACACUCUGAUUAGAAGCAGGUCGUUGUUGCGUUGAGUGGAGAAUAGGCUGCCUUUCACCCUGACAGUAAACUCCCUAGGGUCUUCUCCUUUUUUGCAUGGAAACAGAAAGGUUAAUUGUAUUUGAUGACUAAAUGUAGAGGCUGUGUCAUCAGUGCUUGGUAUUUUGUGUAAUUCUCCUCCACAGAGACUGAUGGAUCAUAUAAAUUCUCAUCCAGAGCUAAAGGCCAAGGUACCUGUUUUUAUGUUACUUGAUGAUUAAUCAUCAAAUUGUAACCAGCAUUCUGAUUUUACAUGCCAAAUAAUUUAUGGAGUUGAAAUACAGUUAAAAUAUUUAUUUAAAAUUCUUUACAAGUAUGUUUUAUUUAUUCACCAUUCAUCUCAGUCUAUUAUCCAUGGCAAAGUGCACACAGCUACUUCAUGGUGGCAUCAUAAAACCACAUCAUCGUGAAAGUGCAGGGUUGAACAAAGUUUAAAAAAAUUAUGCGAGGUCAUUUUUUCAAGACCUAGGUGUAAGAUAAACAGAUUAAUGAAGAACAUCCUGUAAGCUUGCUACAAUGAGGAACGAAAGUGUUGAGACACUUCUAUACAAUGGCCCUUUUUGCGUAGUGGACAUAUCUGUCCCCUUCCCCUGUACCCCCCCCUUCCUCCUAAAAGCAAUGUUUUAUUUUAAACCUUCGAGUCUUUCGUUUACUACAAACAACAUUGAUUUGGGAUUGGGGGAUUUAUGGCAUUUAAACAGAAUGAAAUAACAAAUGAAUUAAAUAUUAUUGUUGAUAAAAGCACUUGUUUUAGACAAGUGUGUCAACUGCUACUACUUUUGUCCCCAAUUGUUGGUGCUGCCCAGUUGAUUAGUGUAUUGUGAAACAUACUGCACGAACUUUCAAUCUGUUCAUAGGAAACACUACAGGAGUGAAAUAUUUGCUAGUGUCUCGCAGCAGUAACUUAACCUCAUUUGAUAACCAGCUAUGCGGGGCUAAAAAACAAACUUGAUUCAGUACCUUGUCCUUGGACAAGCAGCUCUUCCAUUUUGCUUGCCCGGGGCCACUACUUGUUUGUCUUAGUGAAAAAUUUUCUUAGAGUAUCACUAGCUUGGACUGUUGUCCAGUGGUCAAGUAAUAAGCUUUAAAAGUUACUUGCCCGGCAAGAAAGCUACUUGUCCUGGACUACCAGAUGGGAAAUUUGGUUGAGCCCUUGUUAUGUCUAUAUCAGGGUUUUAAGAAGCCAGAUGGUCGAUUAGGGAAAAAACCUGAUCAUAGACUGACCACUGUAUUUUACUCAUUUAUACACCAUACUAAAAAUACGUGACCAACUUGGUAAUAAUAAUUUUUUUAAAUUCUUGUUAAUAGCAUAUGCUUGUUUUUCAUAGGUGCAAUUUGGGACUCUAAGUGACUAUUUCAAUGCUCUGUAUAAAACCACUGGUAUGACUUCAAUGUGUACUUGCUCUUACAUUAAAUUCACGUUUUACAUUUUGAUUGUGAUUAAUGUAAUGAAAUCUAAUCUGACCUCUUCUUCCUUUCCAUGGCUAAACCCUGAAAUUAGUGUUGUAGUUGAGCUAAUCAAAACCAUUAUUUCUUACUAGGUUCUGCGCCUGGAAGUCAACCAAAAGGUUUUCCUGCCCUAAGUGGGGAUUUCUACACAUAUGCUGAUAGGUACUACUAUUAAUUUGCAUACAGUGUGUGCUAUUUUUAGAUGGACCAUGGGGGAAUUGAACUGAAUCCCCCUUUCAGAUCUGGAAGGCAGUUAUAAUUACUCCCUUGGCCAAUUUCUGCUACAUUAUAACAGUUUUGUUAUUUGGGUGUGUGAAGCCAUCUGUCGUGAACAAUGCUUUACUUGGGGAAGUGAUAGAUGAUAGCUUUUUAAAGCUUAUUUUAUAUCAGCAGACAAUAGAAUGGUGUUAGAGGACUUGUACAGAUGGUUGUGAACUAUAAAUUAGUACUGAAAAAAAUGUAGCCUAUGUGUAACCCCCAGGAGAAAAUAAAUGUUAUUUUUGCUUCCGCAUUUGAGCCAGAGGGUGUAACUGCACUCAUUCUAAAAGGAAUGAUCCCUCCUUUGUUAAUCAAAGUCUUUUGACCCCCUUCUCUCUGUAUAGAUAAUGUCUGACUGCUUGCCUAUGUUUGAAUAGAAUGCUUGAUUUAAAAUUGUACAGUAUUGUUUUCAUGACUUUUAAUGUGUAUUACCUACAGUGUAUGUCACAAGGCCGUUAAAUACAUAACCUUUUUCACAGGGAUGAUCAUUAUUGGAGUGGUUACUACACCUCAAGACCAUUUUACAAAAGUAUGGACAGAAUUCUGGAGUCACGCCACAGGUAUUAAUGCCUUCUAACUAGUCUGCUAAAUUCAAUGAAUUAAUUACGUUGCAUUUGAUUAUCACCAUUAUCACACAGUAAGAUCUUGUAAUAAUUGAAAAGUAAGAAAAUUAGCGUUUUAGGUGAUGUAGUUUCUUUCUGUUUUACUUGCUUUACUGGGUCAUUUGCACACCAGUAAGGUGUUUUAGUACCAUGUGACCAUUUAGUUGAAAAGAGCUAUUCUUGUCAAGCCUGGAUUUCUUUAAGGUGUCUUGGUCAUUAAUUUGUAAUUUGAAUACAUAAAUGUGAGGGCUCUUCCAACUCUCGCACAUUUACCGUAAAUUCUCGAUUGAGCCCCCCCUUCUCUUAUAGGCCCUCCUUUUUCAAGGGAAGAAAGUUAAUAAGUCCCCCUCUCUUUUGGGCUUCCCUCCCAUCCCCCUUAUUUUUCUUCACUAAUGAAUGAUAAACUGUAUUAAUCAAUCUCGACUGUAAAACCUGGUGUGGAUUGAUCCAUGAUGGUUUAUUCAUGUGGUGGAAGUUCAGAUUUGUUUUUCUUCAUCGGCUGCAUGACCUCCAACUUCUUGUACUUGAGCUUUUUCAUUUUGCAUUCUUGUUCUUGAUGGAGAGCUGCUACCAUCGUCUAAAGACAAGACAAGACAAGACAAGACAAGACAAUAUUUUAUUUGGAGUCUUAUACAGUCUUAUGUAUAUCGACUUUAUCCAAAUUUAUCUAAAUUGCUUAAUUAAAUAAGCCCCCCCUUCUCAAAUGAGUUUGAAAUAAAUAAGCCCCUGGAGGGCUUAACAGAGGAUUCUUGGUAAGUCCGUCCUGCUUGUUAGUUUGUAGACUAUUAAUGGAUUUGUUAACUUGCUUUUUGUGUCUGUUUUGAAGAGCUGCAGAAAUAAUAUUCUCCUUGGCUGAAUCACAUGCUCAGCACCAUGGCAGUUCAAGCUUUGCUGUUGAAAAACUGUAUGGCCUCCUGACGAAUGCUCGCCAGAAUCUGGGCUUGUUUCAGCAUCAUGAUGGCAUCACUGGAACAGCUAAAGACUUUGUGGUUAUUGAUUAUGCAACAAGGUCUGUGCUAAUGUCUAGAAAGAGAUUGUCGUUUUACAUAGUGGUGGAUGUAACAAAAAGUAAAGAAAGGGUUAUCAUUCGCCUCGUGAUCAGGGGCACCCAACGAGGAUAUAGUUCAAAACCACUUAACAUAGCAUUGUUGAACGUAUUUUAGUAUUCAAACGGUAAAUAUAGGCAUAUUUUUAUCCCCUAAAAACUUUCUAUCUGUUCGGAUUUCCUAGCUGAAAGUCUAGUAAUCCGAAAAUUAUAAGGAUAAAAACUUACCUUCUCGAAAAUUUCAGCCAGGAAAAGGCUCCCGAAAAUUCUAGGUGGCCUUUUUUAAGGUCAAAAUCCGUUAAAAAUGGGUAAUUAUACCAUUUUGUAGAUGUUCGAAAAUCCUAGGAGAGGCAGGCAAGCAAGAAAUUUUACAACAAAUGCUCCGAAAAUUCUAGAUCUCAAAUCGUCUUCCGAACAGAUAUUUUCCCGAAAAUUGCCGUUGGGUGCCCCUGCGUGAUGUGGUGACUCGGGAUAUUGAUUGCAACAUUUUAGCUCAUUUUGACUGCAGUGAAGAGUGAUUUGCGCCAAUCACUGGUGAUCAUUGUGAUACUAAAGUCACUUAAGAAGUAGACAACAAUUGUCCAUAGUCUAUACUCUGACUUAUAAACCAUAGAAAUGUUUAAAAAAUGUUCAGAACUCUCAGUGCUGUUUUUGAUGUCCAUUUCCCUUGACGUUUCUCAGAAAAUUGGGCGUGCAAGAAAGAGAAAGAGAAAUUAUUGUGCAACCAUCAUGUCAUUUCCGUGGUCUGUACUGUUAUUGACCAUAGCUCUUGGCCAAAUCGCUCAGUUAUUGUAAAAUAUGUUUACUUAUCACUCUGUCCCAACCUCAUCACCUGCAGAGCAAUAGCAAUAUUCAGGGUUCGCACGCACCUUAAAAGUUCUUGAUAGUCCUUGAAUUUUAAAACAAAAAUUCAAGGCCUUGAAAGUCCUUGAAAAUUGCAGUCGGUGCUAGAAAGUCCUUGAAUUUCGGUACUAACUUUGUCCAACCCAGAUUCUUAAGUGCCUAAAAGGAGCAAACAGAGAAAGACCACCAGGAUAAAAUCGCUCAUGUUGUGGAAGAACUAAUAAAGGCAUAAACUCAAGGCUCUUUUUUGCACUGAGAGGAGUCCUUGAAAAGUCGGAAAUGUGUCCUUGAAAGUCUUUGAAAAGUCCUUAUGAAUUUUUUGUUCAAAAAAGGGUAUGAUUCCUGUAUAUUCAUCUGUUACAAUUUACACUGAAAUUACAAUCAACAGAAUGUUACGCUCUUUGAAUGACAUGCAGCGAGUAAUACAGGACUCCUCCCAUUUCCUGUUAACAUCUGACAAGUCGCAGUACAAGUUACCAGACCAACAUGCACCUCCUCUAAAGUUUGUAUGUACACUUUCUUUCCUGUGUUAAAACAUUUUGAUAUUGAUAAACGUUAAUGUGAGGUUAGGAAAACUCUUUAGUCAAAAAGGCAAGAGAAAAUUAUCCGAGGGCGAGGUUGCCUGCUGUUGUAGGCAAUUUGACCAUCAUGCAAUAAAAUUAUUAAAAGAGAGUAUCGAAGUUAUGUCUAUACACUGAACUCGUUAUUUUCCUCCCCUUUCAUGUAGGAGGAAAGCAGAUUAGGUCAUGAUUCAUUACCCACUAAAGAAGUCAUAGCAGUCUCUGACACUCCAAGGUAACUUGAAAAUAUUUUGAUCACUUGUUGCUGAUUUCAAGGAUAGAAAGAUUUGGUAAAGUUAGAUGUUUAAGCAUAGACGUUUUUGAGGGAUGCACGUCAAGCAGAAGUCGACUUGUUGCAAUACUCGGCAGUGGUUUCGCUUAAAUCUUUGGGCAAGUCAUCUCAAAAAGAGCAGAGACACUAAGCAUUUCUAAUUUGGCAGCGUAGAGAUAUAUUGAAAAGGGAAAACGCCUCACGUUGCUUAAACUCGCUAUUAACACCCUGUAAGACGAUAAGUCAUCGAGAAUUUGGAGAAACAAGCCUCUGUUCUUGGUGGAUUGGUUUGAAUUCCAAGGUUUUGAUGUCUAAACUGAUAAAACAGGAUGAAUUUGGCUCUUACAGUCAGCUAUCCGCUAGGGCCAUGGAUUACCUGUAAACCAGCUGAUUGACCUAAAACCCUACGCUAAAUAAAAUGUCGUAUCUUAUCGUAUUAGUAAGAAAUUUUAAAUGUUAUUCACUAUUCUUCUCCUUAGAACCUCUAGGAAGAAUGGGUACAAGCUUUGGGUGCAGUAACGUCUGGGAUUGUUUGGGUGGACAAGCAUUAGUUAUCAUUGGCCGAUGGUAUUCAAGGCAACCAUUAACCAAUCAUUAGAAUACGCUUGCCCACCCAAAUGAUCUCAGAAAAUCGUUUUGCCAAGAGCUUGUACCCAUUCCCGUUAUAGUUUCUGGAGUUCACCAUUAUCAUAUGGCCAUGAUGCACCUUGUUUAACCCCCGUCCCCCCCCCCCAAAAAAAAAUUGUUGCAUAACCGUUGCCUUCGAUUUCUCUUCUUGGGACGACUGUAAUAUCCAGGAGAAAUUGGAAACAAUGGUUAUACAAAUGUUUUUUUGUGAAGCGGGGUUGGGGGGGGGGGGGGGGGGGAGUUAAUAAGAUGCAUUAUGGUCUAUGUGAAAAUGGUGAAUAGGCAAUUAACCUUGGGGAAAAUUAUAUUUAACAGGGCAAUAGUGUUGUACAAUUCCUUGACGACAGCAAGAGAACAGAUCGUCAGCCUCCACGUCUCCGAUCCAGCAGUAAUGGUAUGAAUAGUUAAGAGUUAUGAAUUUUAAUGAACACGUUUACAUUAAUGAAUCGAAUGAAACAAUUGUCAAAAAUAUUGUUAACAACAGGAGGGCAUUUUGCAUGCGCAUGCGUGAAUCCGCUGAACGACAAUAGCGUGGGCGCAUCAAAUCUGAUGGCGGGAAAUCGAAAACUCGCACGUAAAGUUACAGUCCUUUUA